AAAAAUAGGGUUAUAACAUGUUAGAGGUUAGAGGUUCUUAAGAAGCAGAACCCGAAUUUUGAAAAUUGAAAAUACUAGUAGAAUAAAAUUGAAUUUUGUUUUCCUCGAUCUGCAUAGGAUUUCAACGAAUCAUUCAAGAAUGAGUGAGGAAGGCGAAGAGAAAAGAAAGAAAAUGUCUGUUGGCAUAUUCUGCAGCUGUCCCACUAACAUCAAAGGAGCCAUCGAAUCGAUGCUAGAAUAUGGAUAUCAUUUCAUUGUCACACAGCUUGCACACCCAAACUAUACCAGAGAGGUUCAAAGUAAAGUUCCCAGAGCUAUUGGUAGGACAGACAGAGUGCUGAAAAGCUCCGAAUGGAGCCGACUGCUUGUGGGACAACUGUCUCCCAAUAUUGACGUCGAUAGCGAAGUGGACCACAUCAGAGAACAUAGCACUGACCUGAUGAACCAAGAACUCGGAUUCGCCUCCCAUCUGGGCGUGCCGGCUGUGUGGAUAACGUUGACAAAGCCGGACAACGUGCAGUUCGCCAGGGUGCUGAACGACAAGUUGGGCUCGGGGUUUAGCUACAGUGUUUGGGUCAACAUACCCAUGGUACAUCCGUCCCGGUUCAGUCCGAUAGUGGAUGUGGAGUACGAUACGUGGGACUGGUGGAAUGAUUUCAGGACCUACUGUAAUUACGACAAAAGAGUGGGAGUGGUGUUGGACCUGUGCGACGUCAAACACGCGAUACCCACUGCCGAAUUGAACAGGUGGAUCGGCGAGCCAGUCAAGGCCAUCGUGAUCCCCACCUCGUUCUUCCUGGCCAACCAGCACGGCAAGCCGGUGCUUUCGCGGUUGCAUCAGGACAUUAUCAAGAAAUUCAUCAGCGUGGACGUACAGUACAUCAUCAAGAACGAUACCGAGGGCGAUUUGACGCUCUACGUUAGGUACCUCAACUUCUUGGGAAAAAAGCUAUACGUCCAAGACACGAUGUCAGACUUCGUGCAAGGCUGCGAGGAUUUUCUCCAGAACCCCCUCCAACCGCUCACCGAACACCUCGAAACCAACAUCUACGAGAUCUUCGAGAAGGACCAGGUCAAGUACGACACGUAUCAGAGCGCCAUCUACAAGGCCGUGGAGGCCUUUCCCAAGGAGGGGGAGGUGGAGCCGGUGGUAAUGGUGGUGGGGGCGGGACGGGGGCCGCUGGUGCAGGCGGUGCUUAACGUCGCUUACACGCUGAAUCGGAAAGUGAACGUUUAUGCGGUGGAGAAGAAUCCGUACGCAAUUAAUACGUUGGUAGACAGAGUUAAUAACGAAUGGGAUAAUCGGGUGACGCUGAUCUGUCAGGAUAUGAGGAGUUACGAGCCGCCAGAGAAAGCAGAUAUCCUGGUGUCCGAACUGCUGGGCUCCUUCGGGGACAACGAGUUGUCACCCGAAUGUCUAGACGGCGCCCAAAGAUUCCUCAAGAAAUCCGGCAUAUCGAUACCGAUUUCGUACACGUCGUAUUUGGCACCCUUGCAAAGCCUGAAGAUCUACAACGAGAUAAGAAACAAUCGGCCCGCGGACAAGACCCUCCAGUUCUGCUAUGAGACACCUUACGUCGUGCACUUGGCGAACUAUUAUCAAAUCGCGCCGCCCCAAGAGCUUUUCACGUUCACCCACCCGAACUGGAGCGAAAUGAUCAACAAUCAACGGUAUAAAAAGCUGAGGUUCAGGUGUGAACAAGCGUGUGUGCUGACGGGUUUCGCCGGUUUUUUCGAUACGGUGCUUUAUAAAGACAUUACGUUGAGUAUUCAUCCGGAAACUCAUACGCCGGAUAUGGUUAGUUGGUUUCCUAUUGUUUUUCCUUUGUCCGAACCGGUGCAUCUUCAGGCAGGGGGGAUGAUUGAUAUCUGCUUUUGGAGAGUGGAGUCCUGUGAUAAAGUGUGGUACGAGUGGUGUUUGCAGUCUCCGAUAAAAACCGGGAUCAUGAAUCCCGGCGGGAGAUCUUAUUUCAUAAAGAAACAUUGAAUCUACAAUUUCACGGAUUGUUUUUAUAUUUUUCUAUCCAAUAAAUGGAAUGAAUGUUGAGUUCAC